GGCGGCGGCGGCGGCGGCGGGGCGGGGGCGGCCUGGGACGCGGCGGGAGCAUGGAGCCGCGCGCCGGCUGCCGGCUGCCCGUGCGGGUGGAGCAGGUCGUCAACGGCGCGCUGGUGGUCACCGUGAGCUGCGGGGAGCGCAGCUUCGCCGGGAUCCUGCUGGACUGCACGAAGAAGUCCGGCCUCUUUGGGCUACCUCCCUCGGCUCCACUGCCCCAGGCCGAUGACACCCCCGCCAGCAGCAGCCGUGGCCAGGCCCCCGAGGAGGGGGAAGCAGAGGUGAUGCAGCUGGGGCCCGACUCCCCGCCUCCUCCCCAAGGGGUCCAGUCCCCUGAGACAGCUGGCCCUGAGCCACCCCCGCCCCUCAUACCGCCGCUGCCCGCCGGAAGCCUGCCCCCAUACCCACCGUACUUCGAAGGCGCCCCCUUCCCUCACCCGCUGUGGCUCCGGAACACGUACAAGCAGUGGGUGCCUCAGCCACCGCCCAGGACCAUCAAGCGCACCCGGCGGCGUCUGUCCCGCAACCGAGAUCCGGGGCGCCUCAUCCUGAGCACCAUCCGCCUGCGGCCACGCCAGGUGCUGUGUGAGAAGUGCAAGAGCACGCUGAGCCCCCCGGAGGCCAGCCCUGGACCCCCGUCCGCACCCAGGGCCCGCAGGAGGCUGGGCAGUGGCCCAGACAGGGAGCUCCACAAGCCGGAGGAGCCGGAGAGCAGUGACCCUGUGGCUGCAGCCACCACCAGGAGGAGCAAGAGGGAGAGGCGGGAGGAGGACAGGGCCCCUGCCGAGCAGGUGCCCCGCAGCCCGGUCAUUAAGAUCUCCUACAGCACGCCCCAGGGCAAGGGCGAGGUGGUCAAGAUCCCCUCCCGUGUGCACGGCUCUCUGGAGCCCUUCUGCCCCCAGCAGGCCCCAGAGGAUGAGGGCAGCCAGGACCCCGAGGUGCCAGACAGAGAGCCCCGGGACCGGCCGCCCGGCGUACCCUCGGCCUCCAUCCCCAAGCUGAAACUGACGCGGCCUGUGCUGCCCAGCACGGACCUACCGCCCCCCAAGAUCCGCCUGAAGCCCCACCGCCUGGGGGACAGUGAGCACGAGCCCGUGUACCGUGCCGAGCUGGUGGAGGAGCUGAAUGGGUGCCCACGGGCCAGCUCGCCCAUGCCCUGUGCGGACGGCCCUGCCACUGGGCUGGCAGACUUGUCUUCCGGAAGUUCGGGUGAGGACGACGACCUCAAGAGCUGUCCCCAAGGUCCACAGGGACGCGGUGGCCUGGCUUUUCUUGUCAGCUGCCCGGAGGGGAGAGCGGACUGUGCCAGUGAGUUGGCGUGCAGCAGCGACAGCCUGGACGAGGCCAGAUCAUCCGGCUCAGAAGGGACGCCUGCAGACGCAGGCGACCUGUCGCCCAGCCACGGCGCGUCGGCGCCUUCCUCGUCCAGAGAGGUUCGCCCAACGGUGCCGCCCCUGACGGUGCGGCUGCACACGCAGAGCGUGUCCGAGUGCAUCACAGAGGACGGCAGGACUGUGGCCGUGGGGGACAUCGUGUGGGGUAAGAUCCAUGGUUUUCCUUGGUGGCCGGCGCGUGUUCUCGGCAUCAGCCUUGGCCAGAAGGAGGAUGGUGAGCCCUCUUGGCGAGAAGCGAAGGUCUCGUGGUUUGGUUCUCCGACUACGUCAUUCUUGUCUAUUUCAAAACUCUCCCCUUUCUCUGAAUUUUUCAAACUGAGAUUUAACCGUAAGAAGAAGGGGAUGUAUCGGAAAGCUAUAACCGAGGCUGCCAAUGCCGCGAGACACGUGGCCCCGGAAAUCAGGGAGCUCUUAACCCAGUUUGAAACGUAACUGGUUCCCUGACCAGGGGACGCCUCCACGGUUCGCAGUGUGUUUACGACCUGCAGCCUCCCCACAGGCCCGUUACAACAUGUCCCCCCUCGGAAAGAAGCCACGCAGCUUUCAGCGCCGCUCUCCACCCCAGGCCUCAGCAGUGCCUCGCCUGCUCUGUCUCUGGGAAGCUCCCCGUUCUGGUGUUCCGUGUGACAUGCGAUUGUGUGUGAGAUAUGGUUGUGUGUGACAUGCCUUCCAUGUGACGUGUGGUUGUGUGUGAUUUAUGAUUGUAUGUAACACGUUCCAUGUGAUCUGUGUGACGUGUGUGAUAUGGUUGUGUGUAACAUGGGAUCGUGUGCUGUGUGGUUGUGUGUGAGAUGCGACUGUGUAUGACGUGCAUCCCGUGUCACGUGCGGUUGUGUGUGAUGCACCAUCAUGUGUAACAUGGGAUCCGUGUGAUGUGCGGUUGUGUGAUGCACCAUCAUGUGUAACAUGGGAUCCGUGUGAUGUGCGGUUGUGUUUGAUGCACCAUCGUGUGUAACAUGGGAUCCGUGUGCUGUGCAGUCGUGUGUGGCGUGUCUGGCUUCCUUCGCCAAGCACGGCUCUUUCCCAAUGCACCCGUGUUGGAGUGUGUGUCGGUGCCCCAUUCCUUUCUAUGUUGAAUGAUGCUCCCCACGUAGGUGAGCACACGGCGUCUGUCCAUCUGUCAGUCUGUGGACGUGCGGGCUGUCUGCCUUUUGGCUGCUGUGCAUAAGCUGCCGUGAACUUCCGUGCAGUCUCUGUGUGGCUGUGCGUUUUCGCUUCUCUUGGGCUCACCCUGGGGUGGAACCCCUGGGUCCUGUGGGUCGUGAUCACGUGCGUCAUCUUCAGGAAGGUGCCAGGUUGUGCUCUGCAGUCCCAGGCAAGUGGAUGUGGUCCAGCUGUCAGCUUCAGCCUGAAGAGCAGGUGCUGAACUUCCUGGUGUCUUGGGGGGGCCCUGCUCCACCCUGGUAGACCAGCACCCCACCCACCAGAGCAGCUGGGGAGAGGGCAGUGGGCAUGGUGGGGACUCCAAAUGGGAUGCACGCGGACCCUGGGGAGGCCCAGCCUGGGCAUCCGGGCAGCCAGGGUGUCUCCAAGCAGUGACUGCCCACGGGGUGAGUAGGGCCCCACCACCCCAUCAAAGUGUGUCCCACUAUGGCUGGAGAGGAAACCAACAAGGGCUUGAAGCCCAUUCCCGCAGCCUGUCCUCUGCCCAGGCAGCCUGGCAUUCAGCAGUGGGGUCCCGGAAGCCCCGGUGCCAGGCAGAUGUGCUCUGGCAGGCACAAGCCGGGUGUCCCUGAAGGCAGUACUUGCCUUAGUGUUUCCGCCUCACCUGCUCCCUGGACAUGCCCUCAGCAUUUGUGGCCCCAAGGCAUCUCUGGAUGGGCACAAGCACACAGGGGCCCAGCGCAGGGGGGUCUGCACCAGCCAGCACUGUCCUUACAGGCCCUGGUGUGUCCUCUGGGCCUGCAGUUUUAUUCUGCAUGGCUUGGUUUCUGCAGGAAGGGGAGCAAAGUAUUCCUUUCUCUUCCAGCAAAUGUUCUGAGCUGUCACAUUGGCGUGAUCGAAGCCCCUGCUAAUUGGCGCAUUUUCCUCCAGCCACUGCAGGCUGAGUUCCAGGGGAAGCUGCCUUUCUGUCUCAUACUCCGCACUUCUCCCCUGAAAUGUUUCAUGUGUUAAAUUCCAACUUCAGUCACGUUAGCUCUAAAGUGGGCUAAUCAUUUAGCUUGAUUGUUGAACUGAAUUUGGCUCUGAGAUUUUUAAAUAAGAAAAAGAAAAUUCUAUCAAACUCUAUGUUAAGACAGAUGCUACAGUUGAUUCUCACAAGAAAAUGUAUUUCUUUCUCUAGGGAUUUGUGGCUGGGUUCACCUUUAUGGAGCGUAGAAAUCAUCACCCACCAGGGCAGUAUGUAGAAUGUUAGGCAGAUGUUAAAUAUUGAUGUAGAAACUCAAAAUACUUUGUCUCUUUCCAGAAAUGAGCUUUUUGGUUUAAUUACUUUGGAUGUAACGACUGUGAAAACAAAACACGUGUGCGUUUUGAAUGGAAAGAUUUUGGCUAAGGAGGAAUUUCAGAUCCUCAGAGCUGGGGAUGGAGCAUGCUGGGCCUGUCUUAGAGUGGGGCUGCUGAUGCUGACACACGUGUGCCAUGGUGGACCCAUGCGUGUGCGCGUGCCGUGUGGAUGCCGAAAUGUUCCUUCCUUGCAGGGCCACCUCCGGAGGUAUUCACUGCGGUGGCUGUACCUGGCCACAGAGCCAGGGGCUGUGGCGGCCCAGGUGGCCCACGCUGCCGCAGGACAGAGGCCAGCACUGCUCCCCUGUUGCAGCAGGCAUGGGCUGCAUGCCUGCUGGCAAGGGGCUGGGCUGGCUGAGCUGGGGCCAACUGCCCUGUCCCUGGGGCAUCUGCAGUGCUCCCUGUGUGGGGAGCAUUUUGGUAGCAUGGGGAUAAUUUUUUUCAUAAUUAAUAGUUUGUUUUAAAAAAGCAAAUAGACUUUAUUUUGGAGAGCAGUUUUUGGUUUACAGAGCCGGGAGCAGGUAGCAGGGAGAGUUUCCUGCAUCCCCACCUACAGUGCCCAUCAUGCCCACCAUUGGCACUGGCACUGGUGCCAGUCCAUGGCCUGUUAGGAAGCUGGCCACACAGCAGCAGGUGAGCGCGGCAGGCAGGUGUCCCCACCCGAGUGCUGCCUCCCGUCAGGUCAGCAGCAGCGUUAAAGUCUCAUGGAGCAGAAGCCCUUCUGGGAACUGCCCAUGCCGGGGAGCUGGGCUUCCAGCUCGUCAGGAGGAUCUACUGCCUGGGGGUCUGCAGCGGGAGAGUUUCAUCCCCAGAUCAUCCCCCAGCCUCUGGUCUGUAGAAAAAACGUCUUUCAUAAAACUGGUCCCUGGUGCCAAAAACGCUGGGGAGCGCUGCUGUAGACCUGUGAGUUCUGACAAACGCGUGAUGCAUGUGUCCCCCAUCACGGCGUCAUAUUGAAUAACUUCACUGCCCUAAAAAUCCCUGCACUCCACUAUUCAUUACUGAUUUACGUGGACAGAAACAUGUACCGAGGAAAACAGUCGUAGUGAAACAGACGUCAGAAUAUCAACGAGGCAGACGUGUGGGGUGGCUGUGGAUGCGUUACAUGUUGCUCUGGAUGAUACGGCCCAGCGCCCAGAGCCCCUGAGGUUUAGAGGCUGAGGUGAGCAUGGACAGUCUAAAAAUCCUGCAGCCACCACAAAGUGACACAGAAACGUCUGUGUUUUCUAUUAGAGCCAAGGCCCUGGAAUGGCUGUCGCUCCUCACGGGAGGAAAUGGCAGAUUUCAGUUUGAGCUUCGUAAGAUAGAGACGCUGCUUUUCCUUGUCCAAGUUCACAGCCCCCAGGCAUGAAGAAACCCCGCUCCAGAAAGCUUGUGCAGAAAAGGAACGUGAGCCAACAGGGACUUCAAAUGCGUUUUCAAAACAAGGUGCGUUGUUUUCAACAUCUCCACCAUUACAAGUGGUCACGUAGGCUUCUGACGGCUCUGUGUGCACAGCCAAUUCCAAGCGAAUCCAAUUAUCUCACACCGACAGAAAACAGAUUAAUCAGGAGAAGUGGAUUCGACUUUGCAAAAGGAGGUGUAAUUAAUGCCCAGCCACACGCCGGGCACGACGGCUGCAUUUCAGUGUCUUCCUGUGACUGGGGGAGUAACUGCUCAAGAGCUGGGAGAACGCAGUGGAACAAGCAGCGUGCAGGUGCCUUGGGGGUCCGGCAAGUGGCAGGGGGCGCUGCUGGCCUAAAAAGUUAGCUCAGGUGUGCCACGAUCACCAUCAUCAUCAUCAUCAUCACACCAUCACUAUC